AAGCUCUGGUGGCUGAUACUAUAGUCUUGCCUUGGAAGAGCGAGCUAGUGUGCUUUGCAGCUAGUGUUAUACUUCCAGCAUUUGUCUUGUUGUUCAGAGCACAAUAAAAUCUGUGCUUUUCCUGAACAUUUUUUUAUUUUAUUUUUUCUAUUUGGUGGAUUUAUUUAACAUCUGGAGAUGAGCCGGAGAGAGCUGAGACGUCUCCUGGAGGAUCAGAGGAGGUGGAGCCGUCACGGAGAUCCUGAUGAUUCACCCCGGACCGUAUUUGAGGAGAGACUGCGGUCUGAGCGUCGAAGAGGUGAAAGAAGACCUCGUCAGGACACCCAGGAACAUCUGUCAAGAGCAGGAACAUCUGCUCGUCUACAGAGACCUCAGAGGGAGCACAGACACCGAAGCCGUUCUCCUCUUCCUGCUCCUGACGUAGCACCAACUGACGGACCAAGUCCAGAUCCUCUCCCUGGUCCAAGUCCACAGCCAACGUCUCAGCAGCCAGCGGAGAAUGAGCAGAAUCUCUUGGACAUGGUGUACGAGAUCAUCAUGCAGAAUAUGGAAGCCACUGAGGAUGCUAACAAUGGGCAGAAUCUCCCGGCCAUUUUGGAAGAGAUCAUGGCACAGAAUAGGCCAGCCGUGUUGGAAGCGAUGCACAGGCAGAAUGUCCGGUCCCUGCAGUUAAAUAUCAGCUUUUUCCAAUCUACCAUCACUGCUGUGGAUGAUGCGACACAGUCAUGUGUAAUCUGUCUAAUGCAGUACCAAGAUGGGGAGCGAGUGUCUGUCCUGCCCUGCAGCCACAAGUACCAUCCAAGAUGCAUCUCACAGUGGGUUGCAACAAAUUCCAGCUGUCCCGUGUGCCGCAGAGAGUGCAUCACAGAGGACAUUGAGUGUUCGAUCUCCUGAAAAUGGCAAGAGGAAGAUCUAGAUCACCCUCUUCUCUAGAUUCCAUACCACCUCCUCCACUCUGUCUCGUCUCAUCAGCCGACUGCUAUCUCUCCUCUGCUCCUACCACCCUCCUGCAGUCUAAUAGGCCCUACACACAAGCAGAUCUCACUGCACGAUAUGAACGUUCUCGUUCAUUAAUGAAUGAGAACUCGUGUGCAGGCACCAACGAUUAACGAUGCGCGGCCCCGUGCACGUUAAUCGUUGGUGCCCCGUCGCUUAUGCAUGCAGGCCAAUAUGGACAAGAUUGUCCAUAUUAGCAUGCAUUGCUUUGGAGCCGGGUGACAGGGGAGUGAAGAAACUUCACUCCCCCCGUCACCUCCCCCCCGCCGCUUUUGGCGGUCGGGCAGCUUGGCGGCGGGUCGCCCAGUCUGUAGGGCCUUUAAGCUGGAUGAAGAGAUACAACGGCCUAGUCCUGACUUACCACAUCUGUGGCGUAGCGCCGACUUAUCCAACCUGCGGCCUAGCGCCGGAUCAAUAGAUACUACGGCCUAGUGCUAACUUGCCACAUCUGUGGCAUAACGCCGACUUAUUCAACCUGCAGCUUAGCACCGGAUGAAGAGGUACAACGGCCUAGUGCCGACUUACCACAUCUGUGGCGUAGCGCCGAAUUAUCCAACCUGCGGCAUAGCGCUGCAUGAGGAGAUAACACGGCUUAGCACUGACUUACAACAUCUGCAGCCUAGCGCCGAC